AUGGUAUUUUCAAUGGAAACGUUAGCUCGAGUCAGAUCGGGCGAGUUGGAACCCUGUUCUGCAUACUUGGUGGAAAGUCUUCCAGAAGGUGUUAUCUAUCCACCCUCAGCACCAUCACUCAUAUCUACUUCAUUCGCUUGGGAUUUACUUAUCUUUAAAGCUAAGCGGAACAUAUCAAUUGCCUCGUUCUAUUGGUCCAUGUUAAGGGAAGAUGUCUACAAUUCCUCUUCCGCUUAUCAGGUAAUUUCCGUUUGUUUAAAUUAUUCAAUGCAUUCGAGUUUAUCAGAAACGCCACAUCUGAGGAUAUAA